CUACAACUGCUCCAAUUGAAAACCAAACGCAAUCAGCUGGGCAAAAUCGAGCCGCCGAAGUCGCUCUACAACGCCACCUACAAGACGUGUGAGUUUUGGAAGUAUGUGAAGCGCAUACGGGUCUUCAACAAUAUGGCACGUCAGCUGCUCUUCAAGAGUGGUGGCAACAUGAGCUUGGACUGCCCCUUGUCGGUGGGCACGUAUGUCUUCAAAAACAUCCACAUGCCACCCGACACCGGCAUGCUGAAGUUCACGAACUGGCCCAACACGAUCUACACACUGCUCAGCACGGUCUACGGCCACUACGAGAUCAACGACACUAUUAUCAAGUCGUGUUAA